CGGGGCGUCCGCAGAGAGCCAGAGCGCAGCAGCGGCAACAGCAGCAGCAAGCCCGCCGAAGUUGAGUGCCAAGCGGCGUGGCAGAGGCCGGUGCGCGGCGGCCGCCGGGGGAGGCUGCUGGGGGGCGCGUCUCCCCGGGGGGAAGCGCGCCGGCUCCUGAGCGGGAGGAAAGGGAACGAGAGAGGGGCAGACUCACCUCAGCGCAAGCGGGUCAAGCGGGGCCACAGCCCGGGCAGCGCGGCCGACAGCAGGGUCACUUGCGGGGCGCGCGCGCCGCUGCCGCCGCCGUUCCACUGCUCGGGGCGCCCUGGCCGGGGGGAUGCCCCCCUGCGGGCUCGGAGACUAGCCCGGCCGCCUGGUGCAUGGCACAGCUAUGGAGGUGGUGGACGAGAAGGAGGCUCUGCGGCGCUUCUUCGAAGGUCAUGAUAUUAAUGGAGCACUGGAACCAUCAAACAUUGACACCAGCAUCCUGGAAGAAUAUAUCGGCAAGGAAGACUCACCAGAUAUUUCUGAUUUGGACUCCAUCUCUGAAAUCCCAGCCUCUGCUGGCUACCCUCAUGCCCAACCUUCCAGCUCUGCCAGUGUCGGUGUAUCUGUUUCCAAUGCUGGCCAUGCUUCUAAUGCUGCGUCUAGUGGCCCCCUCCAUCAUGGCCUUCCAAGCACCCAAGUCCCCAUCCGGCACAGUCUCCACCAUGGCCCCCCUGGCAACCAAGUUCCAAUCCGGCAUGGCCCCCCAUUGCCCAGUCCAUGUGGACCCAGCUACAGUACUCACCUCAACUGCAAUAACAACAAUGGCAUGGUGAUGCCCAAGGGGUACCUCAGCAGCCACUGCCUCACCAACAUUGCCCCUCCAAUCAAAUCAGAGCUGAAGGCCUCCUAUGCACCUGGCACUUUACCCGACUCUCCCCCGGACUCUGGAUCAGAGGCAUACUCCCCCCAGCAGGUGAAUGAUCCUCACCUCCUUCGAACCAUGACUCCUGAGAAUAUGUGUCAUAUAACUCCCCCUUCCCGCCUGGAGCAUCCACCCCCUCCUCCACCGCCACCCCCUCCACCAUCCCACCUCCAAGGGCCGCCUCCUCCUCCUCCACCACCACCACCACCACCUCACCCACACCAGCAGCCACACAGCCAUCACUAUCCCAGCAUGCAGCGGGACAUGUACAUGAAGGCUGAGUCUCUGAUGCCCCAGUUCACUAUUGGACAAGGCAUGUCACCUGGAGAUCUCCACCAUGCCCAGCAGUCACAGAUGCUUCACCAGCUGCUGCAGCAGCAUGGAGCAGAACUUCCAGUGCACCCUGCCAAGAAGAGGAAACACUCAGAGUCGCCCCCAAAUACUCUCAAUGCCCAGAUGCUUAAUGGGAUGAUAAAGCAGGAGCCAGGGACAGGGUCUGUGCCUCUCAACCCUGACAGAGCCCAAACACCUCCUUGGCAUCAGCAGGGGGCGCUCUCACCAGGCCUUAUUCAGGACAAUGACAGCUUGAAUGGCUCCUACUUGGAUCCCAAUUACCAGUCUAUAAAAUGGCAGCCACAUCAACAGAACAAGUGGGCAACUCUGUAUGAUGCCAACUACAAGGAGCUACCGAUGCCCACAUACCGGGUGGAUGCAGAUAAAGGCUUCAACUUCUCUGUGGGCGAUGAUGCUUUUGUGUGCCAGAAGAAGAAUCACUUCCAGGUCACGGUCUAUAUUGGUAUGAUUGGAGAUCCUAAGUAUGUCAAGACCCCCGAAGGCUUGAAGCCGCUUGAAUGCUUCUAUUUGAAACUGCACGGAGUAAAGUUGGAGGCCUUGAACCAGUCCAUCAACAUAGAGCAGUCGCAGUCUGACCGCAGCAAACGGCCCUUCAACCCUGUCAUGGUCAAUUUACCUCCGGAGCAGGUUACAAAGGUCACUGUGGGACGGUUGCACUUCAGUGAGACAACAGCCAAUAACAUGAGGAAGAAGGGCAAGCCCAAUCCCGAUCAGAGGUACUUCAUGUUGGUUGUGGCCUUGCAAGCUCAUGCCCAAAGCCAGAACUACACUCUGGCUGCUCACAUCUCGGAGCGCAUCAUUGUUAGACAAAGGGCCGGUUCGGGGUUAAAACACAAACAGAGGGCGGACGGGGACCCCGGAGUCUGCAGACAAGCCUCUAACCCAGGCCAAUUUGAGAGUGACAGCGAUGUACUUUGGCAACGUGCUCAGCUCCCUGACACCGUCUUUCACCACGGCAGAGUUGGCAUCAACACAGACCGCCCAGAUGAAGCCUUGGUCGUCCAUGGCAACGUGAAAGUCAUGGGCUCCCUUAUGCACCCAUCAGACAUCCGAGUGAAAGACGACAUCCAGGAAGUGGAUACCACAGAACAGCUGAAGAGAAUCUCCCGUAUGCGACUGGUGCACUAUAACUACAAGCCAGAGUUUGCUGCCACCGUAGGCCUGGAGAACACAUCAGAGACAGGUGUCAUUGCUCAGGAGGUGAGGGAGAUUCUCCCAGAAGCAGUGAAAGACACUGGGGACAUGGUCUUUACCAGUGGGAGGACUGUAGAGAACUUCCUAGUGGUGAAUAAGGAGCGCAUUUUCAUGGAAAAUGUAGGGGCUGUGAAAGAGCUUUGCAAACUGACUGAUAACCUGGAGACACGGAUUGAUGAGCUGGAGAGAUGGAGUCAUAAACUCGCCAAACUCAAGCGACUGGACAGUAUGAAAUCAACUGUUAGCUCUGGAGCAUUCAGCCAAGCAGGGAGUCAGUUUAGCCGUGCAGGAAGUGUGCCACACAAAAAGAGGCCCCCCAAAAUGUCCAGCAAGUCCCCUUCGGUGGUCACGGAUCAAGCGUGCAUCAGCCAACGUUUCCUUCAAGGCACCAUCAUUGCCCUGGUGAUCAUCAUGGCAUUCAGCGUGAUAUCCAUGUCUACCCUCUAUGUGCUGAGCUACCGCAAUGAGGAAGACGUUGUGGAUAUAGAAGGUUCUUUUGCUGUGCCGACCACUUGCCUCCUGGCUCUCUUUCGGCACAGGGGUCCUGGCAUCCCAGUUGCCCUGUGUCCACGGUCCAGUCAGAACAUUGAUAAGAAUCAGAUUAUGUUUUCUACUGCUGCCUCAUCAAACACACCUGAUGAUGCUUCCCUUAAACAGCGUGCCACAACACAUGUGCCUGAAUCUCUCUAUGACUUGCCUGCCCAUAGCAUAUUAGUCUGUUUCGACCCGCCUUGUUUCUCCAUGUGCUGUUCUCCUUUUCUGAACACCAUUCCAAACAACAUAUCUUCUGAUGCAGCUUCUGAGACUACCACUCCAGUCACCAACAACCGGACAGAUCAAAGCCUCAUGUCACUGCUGCCAGUGACCAACAUCAAAGCUAAAUCGAGAGGAAUCACUGGCAAGGUGACUUUCCAUACAAAGUGGCCAAAGACCUCUGAGAGAUCACGGGGCUUCAGCAGCCCCAAUGCCAGCCCAUCCUCCCCCUUCACCCACAUCCAAGGCAAGUCCAAAUACAUCUCCAACCUCCCUCUGACACGCAACAGCUUCUCCCCUGGGCAGACACGGCAGCGGCGCAGCACCAUCAGCCAAUCAGACUCUGAGGAGCCCAGCACAGGAAGCACCAGCCAGGAGGGAAAAGCUCCUGUGCUCCAGUCCAUAUCACUUAUAGAGAGCAACGUGGUCAUCACGCCUCAGGCCUGUGCUGCUGGUGAUGAAUGCAGGACGGGGAACAUCACGUACCGCAUCCCCAUCAGCAAGUUUACUUCGGUGAACACAAAUCUUACUCUGGAGAUGAACGCCUCCUCUGCUGUGUCUGGCUAUUUUUGUGGUUUUGCCUCCAGCAACCCAUGUCAGCACAACACUGUGAACACGGACAGCUUCUCUGAUGCAGCAGGCACCCAGGUAGGACCGCAAAGUAUCAUGGCUGGCAGGUGCUUGCCAGUUGCACCCCUAAGUUGCUGCUCAUAAUAGAAAAGGAAAUUG